AUGGGUCUCCUCUCCUGUCCUUGGUUCAGAUGGGGCCGGAAGCACCCAGCGGAACCAAACGACACGUCUUGCUAUCAAUUGGCCCGGGUAGAGUCUCCCACUUCAUCGGAGGAACAAGCGGAAGGCGUACCUUCAUCGACGGAAAGUGGGAGCAUUUGUGAACACCAAAGAGGCUCCUCUGGCCUAUCAGAGAGAUUGCGCAGACGAUUCUCCAGAGAAACCAACGCAGGGCCUAAAAACACUGACAAGAAGGCCAGAAGCUCAUUUCUCCCAUUCACACCCAAGCCGACAAAUGCCAAACCGAAUCUAAUCGCCUCAGAUGGCUUCCCAAGCAGUCUGAUGAGCGUCAGAGGUUAUGAUAGCGAUGCACAAUUUAUGGACACCUCAAAGCAUCUCAAUAAUGCGUCAGAGAGUCCGUACAAUAGUCCUAGUAUUUGGGGGAGUGUGUCACCUCUUGCACAGCCCUAUUAUGAGACAGAACUGGAUGACCCGGGUGAAGAACUGGCGAGAGAGAGCAGUUUGGUGGUUGAUGGUCCAUUUUCAGACCAAAGUGACAUGGAAAGGCCCCAAUUGCCAUGGCAUCCACGGGACUAUCCACACUGGGGCCCGCUGCCACCUAUCACUCACAUUACGGAUCAUGAACGUGCGCGUAAGAGGGUUGGAAGCCCCUAUAGUACAGGGUUCUUUGAAAAUCCCGGCCGGUACUCUACAGCCAACCGUGGACGCCUCCCAGGUUAUCCAGGACGCACGCCUAUUUCUCCAAUGCCGUGUACAACGUCUGUCGAUUCGGUAUAUGGACCCUCUUCUCAACUCUCAAUCAGAAAGAGGCGACAGCCGCCCCCGAUGGAGCUGAAAUCUGAGAGUUAUUCGAUCCAUCUGGGUAAUAUGGAUAUAUCGAAAAGACUGGCGUCUCCCUCCAUAUCGCCUCGAGCCUUAUCUGAAAAGCCAUCAUUUGACGGAAAUGGGCGCGACAAAACCACAGGGGUGAGAAGCGCAUCUAAUCAAGGCUACGAUCGAACUAACGUAGACACAACACAAGCACCAACUGAGAAUGUGCAAGAGACGAACUUGGCAACAUCGCGAGCAAAGGAUUCGUCGUCAUAUUCCCGCAGUACUAGUUUCUCAUCUGGUUUCUCCAAAUACCAAUUUGAAACAAAGGUUUUCAGUCUUCCAGACUCGGUGAGAGAACCAAUGAGAAAUCCUUACGCCGAUAUCACUAGCCUGAAUCUGUCUUGUCAAUCACAAGAAACUGCCGGAGAUAGUCCAAACAUCCCAACUGCUGCGAGUCCUUGUGAUACUGGCGGACGCGACUCGCAAAGUAAAUCUCCUAGACCAUGUGAAAUAGAUCCAUCGGUUGCUCCUCCUAGAGCUGACCUUCAGAGUAACGCAGGCACGGCUGCUUUACCAUCGCGCCAGGUCAGCGUUGGAUGGUUGUCUGGGGGUCGUCGUCUUGGCUACGGGUACACGCUGGUACCAGCAGAUGACAAAGGAGACAACCUAUCCCCAGAAGAUACCUGCUCACUAAAGACAUGUGAUCUGAACAGUGCAUCUACAGUUGGGAAGGGCCAUAGUAAAAGAUCUGCAAGCACUGUUGGCAAGCCCUAUAUAGAGCAGGAUAAUAAGACAGGAUCGGGGAAAGGACUGCCAGUCUUCGAGAUUACCAACAUGAUGCAACAUUUGAAUCUCCGUCACUGGUCCGGUGCAACCACAUCCUCCGGAGCGAAUAACCUCGGUAAUGGGCCAAAUAACACAUCAGUAACAUCAGUGCUAUGGGAAAAGCUCGGAUUCUCAAGGAAGAACCAAAACGAACCCGAUAUACAUGUGGAUCAGAAACCCCCUUGGAGUCACUUUUGUGGAGUUGGCUUAGACCAAGCAUUGGACGGAACACUAACCCCGCCUAGAAAUACGGACCCCCCAGUGAACGACGUAGACGAGCAGUUGUCCAAAGGGCGGACGGGGCUACAUCGUGCUCAUAGUCUCUGGACCAAAGGUCGCACUGUAACGGACAGAGCCCACGGCCUUGAGACAAAACUCACAACAAAGAUACCGAUAUCUAUCAAGCAGAAUCCCGGGCUACGGAGGGAAAAGACACGAGUUAUUAAACUCAAGAGCCGGGGGCGUAAGCAGACCAUCAACAAUAGCCUUGACGAGGAGAAGCCUAUCUUCCCCGAUCCUAAGCAACAUGAACUCUCGGCAAUCUCACAAGUGGAAGAGAGCCAUGGACUCAGUACGGGAUAUCAUGAAAGAAGGGACGAUGUCUUGCAAGUAACCGAGCGGAGCAGUUCGGACACUGACUUGGCUGAUGCAUAUGAAGAUUGUCUGGAGGUCCAUUCUAUUCCUGAUUAG